UACAUGGACUGUGUUUUGAGCAAAGAAUUCACAGAUGGUCGCCUUUCCCCAUGGACAUAUGAGCUUCAAAUAUACUAUCUAUGUUACGAAAUGUUGAUUUACAAGCGAGUUUCCGCUCUUAUCUUUCGCCUGUUUGGAUAAGAACUGGCACAUUCAUGGGAAUAUAUUAUUUAUUGUCUCGAGCGUAUGUGUAAUUAAAAUAGGCUACAUUGCUAAUUUAGCUCCUAGGACGGGAAGAAAUACACUUUCGCUAAAGCGGUCACCGCACAGUUUAAUAAGCCAUCUUGAAUGAUUGAAGGACUAUGUCUUUAAUGUCGUAAGGCAUAAUGCGAAUAACAUUAUUUAUAUUCCUUAUCUGCCUUGUUCAUUAAGGAUAGUCUUAAGGCUAUCCUUUGUUUCCAAUCGCAAAGCUACAUUGACUGCCUGACUGGAAAGAUCGGGAAGUAGCAGACUAAAAAUGGAUGAAAGUGCCGAAAACGUUGACAACGACGACAUUGUCAUUAUCGUGGAAAACGAGGCGGAGAGUUUGCCGGCCGAGGAAGAGAGGCUGAAACAGCAAGGCGCCUUCGGGUUGAUGGACACUUGUCCCAUCUGCAAGUUGAGCUUCCACAACAGAGAGCCCAAACUCCUGCCGUGUCUUCACUCUUUCUGCAAGAGGUGUCUCCCCGCUCCCUUCAGGAGUGCUGACCCGAGGCGUGACUCGCAAGGUCAAGUCGACAACAACAAACCACUGGGUGCCAUUCGAUGUCCAGUAUGCCGACAGGAAUGCUGGGAGAUGGACGUUUUGGAUAAUUUCUUUGUCAAGGACUCAGCCGAGGUGCCGAGCAGCACCGUAGAGAAAACCAGCCAGGUGUGUAUGAGCUGUGAUGACAACACAGAGGCAACAGGCUACUGCGUGGAGUGUGUGGAGUUCCUGUGUGUGACAUGUAUUGAGGCACACCAGAGGGUCAAGUUCACCAGGGACCACACCAUACGCCAGAAGGAGGAGAUGUCUCCAGAAGCAGUAAGUAUUUCCACGCAGAAGCCUGUGUUUUGCGACAUACACAAGCAGGAGCCACUGAAGCUGUUUUGUGAGACGUGCGACCGACUCACCUGUCGAGACUGUCAGCUGCUGAAGCACAAAGAUCACAACUACCAGUUUCUGGAGGAUGCGUACAGGAACCACAGGCAGUAUCUGGAGAACAUGACUCAGCAGUUGCAAGAGAAAAGAAAAGCCAUUGAGGACGUGUCCAGCUGUAUCAGCACUGGACUCCAGCAAGUUGACGAAAACCGGAAGUCUGUAACAAAUGAAAUAAAGAAGUCCAUCUGUAACUUGAUUAUGGAGAUCAACAGGAAGGGAAAAAUUCUGGUUAACCAGCUUGAGGCUUUGACUAAGGACCACGAGUUGGGUUUGAAAAAGCAGCAAGAGGACGUCAACUCUCUGAGCAGGCACCUAGACCACGUCAUCAGCUUUACCAAAUGGGCCACAGCCAGCCAUAGUGGAACAGCACUCCUGUACUGCAAGAGGCUGAUCCUUUAUCAGAUCCAUUACCUGAUGAGAGCAAGCUGUAAUCCCUCCAUCGUCCCUCAGAGUUCUGUUCGCUUUCAGUGUCGCUCUGGUUUCUGGGCCACCAACGUAGACCUCGGUUCUCUGGUAGUAGAGAGGGGGCCGGGCCGGCCGCCCAUCACCAACCACCAGCCUGGUCCCAGAGCAGAGGCACCCACUGGAGGACUCUCAGCAGCUCAGCAGCGACAGAGCACCCUGGCACAGCUCCAGAUGCAGGUGGACAAGCUGUCCCAGCAGCCCCACAGGCAGCCCCCUCCCAACCACUGGUCCUGGUACCAAAACGUCCGACUCCCAGGACCACCCGGCCCUCCACCCCCAACCAGACCCAUCCACGGUGGGUCCUCCCCAUCACAAGGCCCCCCCAGUUUGGGCCACCCGGGUCGCAGAUACGGAAACACCCACCCCAACCCUAGAAGCCCCACAUCGUCCAUGCUUCACAACGCGGGAUUCCCUCCCGCUCAGUCUCUGAGAGAUCUGAUCCAUACCUCCAGCUUUCCUCCUAAACCCAUCGAUGUGUCGCAGGGUACGUCCCGUUACCCGCAUCCUCUGCCCGCCGGGGCGGCUACACAGACGUCACUACAUCAGCGGGGCCUCCCUGAGUCGUCCUUCCUGAAGAGAAGUGAGGCUGGUGGAUCUGUCCCCUCCAUCACCAUCUCCAUCCCCAAACCCAGCUUCGCUCCAAGCGUGGCCUCAGCAGCUGCAGACAAAACGAGCGCGCUGAAUCACAUAGCAGUUCAAGCAAGGCAGAACUCUCCGAUAGCCAAGCCGUCUUCCUCAGACAGAAGCACGGGGACGACUACCUGGAAGCCAUCUUUUGAGGCUCCAUCUGCCCCCUCAGCCAAGCGACGAAGAAGGUCGUCCCCUGGACCCGUUAUCGUCAUCAAGGACGAACCAGAGGAUGAGGAUGAAGUUCGUUUUGUCCAGUCCAGUGCAGGCUCCAGCCUGCCGGACAGCAGCACCGGGGCCCAGUCAAAGCCUCGACAGCAGCUCAAGGCGCCCGCCCCAGUGCCGGCCCCUGGAUCAGAGUCCAAAGCAGGGAAGGAGCAACGUCCUCAGUCCGCAGGGCAGCCAGAGUCUGAAAAGAGACCGGAGCCGGAGGAAGAUCCCAACGAGGACUGGUGCGCCGUCUGUCAGAACGGAGGGGAGCUGCUCUGUUGCGACAAGUGUCCCAAAGUUUUCCAUCUGUCCUGUCACAUUCCCACUCUGAAUGAGUCCCCCAGCGGCGAGUGGUUCUGUUCGUUCUGCCGGGACCUCGUCUCUCCUGAGAUGGAAUACGACUCCGACAGCAAGGACGACCCGGCCCCUGAAGGGUUCCCGCCUGUCGAUAGAAGGAGGUGUGAGAGGCUGCUGCUGCGUCUGUUCUGCAAUGACUUCAGCACUGACUUCCAGCAGCCUGCUUCUCCAUCAGAGACAAGAAGGUACAAAGAGCUGAUCAAGACCCCGAUGGAUUUGUCAAUAGUGAAGAGGAGACUGGAGUCGAAGUCGAGGGAAGAUGAAGGCUACAGUCGUCCGGAGGGGUUUGUUGCAGACGUCAGGCUCAUAUUUUUCAACUGUGCAAAGUACUACAAGGCGACCUCCGAAGUGGGCAGUGCAGGCUUGUACUUGGAGGACUACUUUGAGGAACAGUUGAAACAAGUCUACCCAGACAGGGUCUUCCCUGGAGGGAGGGAAGAGCAGAUGAUUCCUCCUCUGGAGGAUGAGAUAGAUGAGGAAGAGGAAGGGAUGAUGGAGGAAGGCAUGGCUCCAGUAGAAGACGAUAAACAGCAAAGUCCUGCAGGAGAAGGAAUCCCCCCUGUGGAAGAGGACUUGCCACCUCUGGAAGAUGCGUCAGCCUCGGCGGAGGAAGAAAAGCCAGGAACGGAGGAGAAAGCGAUCAAUGCGAGCGAGAAUGGGACGGACAAAAAGGUGGCAGGCGCGCCUUCUGCAGAGGGGGUGGAGCAGCACGAGGAGACUCCUGUGAAGAUCUCCGCAGCUGCUGAUAGCGAAACAAAACAUGGAGAAGCUCCCAGCUCCCCCAGAAAAGAGAGCCCUCAGCUUUCUCCAGAUAAGGCUGCAGAGCCACCUGAAGCCCAGGAGAAGGAGUCGAGUCCUGCAGACACAGCUAAAGAGGAGAAGGGAUAGAUGGAUUUCAUCAGACAGAAACUCUGGAAACAUGGAUGAUUUCAGGCUUCCACAGAAGUGGCCCCAGUGGGGACCUACAUUUGCUGCACUCAGACAUUUUUUGUAAUAUAUUUGCAAUAGGAAGAAGAAGGGUACUGCUGUACUAAAUAGACUUAUUUAGUCGCGGUCGUGCUGUAGAUGCACAACGAAGGGUGCAAAUAAAGCUCCUUUCGUGUUUUUUUCUGGACAGCGGUUACAAUUUUACUGUAACUAAAAGGUUAUUUUCUGUGAUGACGACUCUGAAAAGCACACAAAAGAUAUUCUUUGUUGAUACUAUCAUGUGUAAGUUAUCAUUGGUUACCUUGCUUAUCACCUGUACAUAAUAAUGCCAUGAACCCAAGGCACAAAUGCUGCAAUCAAAAUAAGAAAAGAAAAACAAGAUUUUGAAUUAACAAUGCAUGUCACAUGUCUUAAUGUACAUAAUAACGCCUCCAUUUUUGUGUUUUAGGACUUGUACUAGCCAUUUGGCGCAUACACAAAUAGUUUUAUUGCAAUAGUAUUGUUUUGUUUUUUUAUUAGUAUGCUAUGUAUGCAACAAACAGAGCCGCUGCGUGUGCUGUAGUGUCUGUGCAGAAGGAAGUGCAACGUCUGUCAGCGCGACAUUGAUUUAAACAGACCCUUGACAAAGCUGGCAUUUUAACCACCGUGAUUUUUUUUUUCAUUUCUGUGUUGCCAGUUUGAGGCCUCUUUUUCCCCCAGUCCCAGCAGUGUUUUAUCACAUGGCAGCCUUGUUGGAUUUUAUCAUGAGGACAGUUCUUUGCUGCUAUCAGUCCAAGAUAAUUCAGAGACACGACUAUCACUUUCUAAUCAUCAGCCUCUGACAGCAGUGUGUUUUCCAGACUGUGUCCUUGCCCUCCUGCUGCAUGAUUACUUUUGCAUAUGAUUAGGCCCGAGCCUUAUUGGUUUAAUCACUUAAAGUAAUGUAAAAAGCCUCCAGUUCCACCCAGUUGGUCAAUGGCAUUACAAGAAAAACACAUUUUGUUUGGACUAAACUCUCCUGUAUGGACAUCAACUCACUUGAGAUGAAAAGCUACAAUAUGUAUUAUUUCAUCCAACAUCAUGAUUUGUAUUAUUUAUUGAGGGGACACAGGACCUGUAAAUGAACUCUACGAACAAUGUUCAGCAUUAAAGCUCCUGCAUUUACAAUAUUUGUAAUAAACAGGGUUA